AUGAACACCUUCUACACCUACGACCUGCACAGCGGCGUCGUCGAGCUCGACGAGUACGGCUUGCCGGGGAAGCUGGAGGGGGAGCGUUUCCGCCUGCUGGAGGCGGUGGGCGAGCGCAUCCACGCGCUCUGGAAGCAGAGCUCUGAACUACUUUCUCAAAUCGACUCGGAAAUAUCCACCGUCGAAGAAAACGGCAAUAAAGACAUGUAUAAACUCGAUCUGGGGUACGGGGCCCUGAUCCGCGGCAAAAUCGAGUUCCUGCCUUACACCAUGGUCGUCCUUGGCUCGACGCACUGGAGCGUGGACGUGCUGGCGGCCAGCGCCGUGGACUCGGCCAUCGUGGUGGUGGUGCCACGCGCCGGGCCGCUGCCGCUGUGGUCGCUGCUGCUGCGGGUGUUCCCGCCCGCGCUGUGGGCGGCCGUGGCGGCGGCGGGGGCGGCGUGGGCGCUGGCGUGGCGCGCGGUGGCGGGCGAGUCGCUGGCCGCCAGCGCCGCCGCCGCGCUGCGCGCCUUCUCCUCGUGCGGGGGCGCCCCGCAGGACAGGGUGCGCGCCACGCCGCAGCGCCUGCAGCUGGCCGGCCCGCUCCUCGCCUCCGGCAUCGUGCUCGUGGCGCUCUACCAGGGUCAUAUGUUUACGCUGAUGGCAGAUCCGCCUCAUCUCGCAGAAAUUAACACCUUUGAGCAACUCGCCAAUUCCAAAAUUUUAGUCUUGGCGCUCAGCUUCAAAGAUAGGCUAGUAUUUAUUUUCCCGCGUCUACUCGGCCUUUCGGCAGAAGAAACGGCCCAUCGCAUCAAGGCUUCCAACCUUCCGCAAAGGUUCACUGACUGGCACGAAUUGAGCCUUCUCGCUAGGCGCAACGAGCGCUUUGCAGUCAUUUUGAAGGAAGAUCAGUUCAGCGAACUGGCCGCGUGCGACUCCAGCUGGGAAAAGUAUCGACCCAUGGACACUAAACUACAUAGCACCAUGGAGCUCCUUAUUACACGAAAAUCCAACGGGGUCGAUAUCGACCCACUGGGAAGCCCUGAUCUAAAUGUUCGGUCCCCAUGUCUCAAGGGCCGCGUUGUGCGCAGGAACUGGCCGUUCGCCGAGGAGGUGAACUCGCUGCUGGGGCAGAUGAACGCUGCGGGGCUGCAGCCGCACUGGCGCAGAGACUUCCAGCGCAAACGGCGCCUGCUCUGCCGCACGUUGCGGCCGUGGCUCCCGCAGGCAGGGACCUGCAGCACUUCUGCCGAGGGCAGCGCUCAGACCCGCAGCCUGGCGCUCGACGUGGCCCGCUCGCAGCCGCUGGGCCUCGCCCACGCCGCGCCGCCGCUGCAGCUGCUCGCUGCGGGGCUGCUGCUGGCGGCGGCGCUGUGCGCGGCGGAGUGGCGGCGAGGGCAGCGGCGCGGGCGGCGGCGAGGGCGGGGCCGGCAAGGCGCUCCUCACGCGGCAGCCAAGUGA